UAUAUUAUGAUACCAAUCUUCUUAAAUGCGUUGUAUUAUUAUACUACACCACUUUGUAUACAUCCAAAAUUUUAAAUUAUUGAAAUAGUUAUUUAUUAAACAAAAUUCAUUGUAAAAUUUAAUUUAAUUAAAAUGGUCGUAACUGCGGACGUACAUUUGCCGGAAGAUUCUGAAUUGACCGUCCCUGAGGUCAGUUUAUCGGGACCAACUUUGAUCGCUGGGUCGUUCCAUUUAGGAAAAUAUUGUGAACAAGCCAAUAAUGAGUUUAUGUUAUGUAGAUUUGAGGAGAAGGAUCCUCGGAAAUGUAUUAACGAGGGCAAAGUGGUCACAGCAUGUACCAUGGAGUUCUUUAGGAAAGUGAAAAAGGCAUGUUUGAGUGAAUUCAAUCAAUAUGCCAACUGUAUUGACAAGAGCUCCGGUGACUUUGGGCUGUCCCACUGCCGCAAGACUCAAGGUGUGUUUGACAAAUGCAUGCUAGAAAAUUUGAACCUGGAACGCCCUGGAUUCGGCUACUUCUGUGAAGCUCGUGUCCAUGAUACAAAGAGACCGAAACCUCUGCCAGAGCCCAAGAUCCAUUAUCCGGACGCGACCCCAGCCUUACCCGAGGACGCAGAGAAGAAACCCGCGCGUUAUGGCUCUCGAUUCUACUGGAUGACAGAGUAAACAACAUUCACCACAGCCAAUAGGGAUGACGUCGCAAUGUUAAACGAUUACUAGUAAUAUAUAUAUACAUAUAUACUACUAGUAGAUACUAUGGUAGUAGUAGUAAUCAAAUUAAACUUAAAAGCAUUUGUUCAUAUACGACAUUUAGCCACUUAUUCAAGUGAUUUUGUUACAUUAUUUUUUAAAUCUACAGUACACUGUAAUUAAAUUUGUUAUACUUGGCGCAUAUAUAAAAAUAAUGUUGUACUGUUCUAUCAAAACAUCAACAAGACAUACAAUAUAUAAUAAAUUGAAUUACACUAAAGACUUUUUUCAUUAGUUAUUUCAGAAUUUUUUAAACUUAUGUUUUAAUAAAAUACUCCUACAUUGUUUACU